GCAAGACGUGGGUGUGGUCAGCUCGAACUCCGAUCGCACAUCACACAUGAAUAUCGACGAAGCUUGAAGAAUAUGCUCAACGUAUUUGUCCGGCGCUUGGAAGAAUGCCGCAACAGACAACUUCACAAUGACGGAAGUCUGUGGAGGUCUAACAAAUAAACUAUUUCGUUGUCGCUUGUCGUUGUCCUCCACGGACGCCGAACCAACGGACAUACUGCUGAGAAUAUUUGGUGAAUUGGUGCAGUCAUCGACUGAAGCUUUGCUCAACAAUACUGUCGUCACGGCGCUGCUGUCUGAACGUCGGUUAGGACCAAAGCUACACGCAGUGUUUGAUGGCGGAAGAAUAGAGGAAUUUUUGUUGAAUAGUCGGCCAUUGAGGACCAAAGAGUUGGCUGAUCCGGUAACUAGUAAAAAAAUUGCUGUAUCAUUGGUCGAUAUGCACGUCACAGAGAUGCCACUAGCAAAGACUCCAUUGUGGAUCCAAGCGAUGUUGACACAAUGGAUGGAGGAAUUGAAAGGAGAUCGAAGUGCUGAUGCAUCACGUGAUCUGCCAUGUGACAUUGAAGAAGAAAUGUUAUGGAUUUGCAGAGAAUUACUACCCAAAGUAUCAUCACCAGUUGUCUUCUGUCAUAACGACUUACAAGAAGGAAACAUCCUACUCAUAGACGAAGCAGACACUCAGAGACUUCAAUUAAUUGAUUUCGAAUAUUGCAGCUACAAUUACAGAGGGUUUGACAUUGCCAAUCACUUCUGCGAAUGGUCACUAGACUACACAGUCAGUGAUCCACCAUACUUUGCAUUGGAGCCGUCAGACUUCCCAUCACAAGCACAGCAGGUAGGAACUAAUAUUACUAUUGUAUGUCAUCGCCUUAGAAACGGUGACCUUCAGUUGCACUUUAUACACACUUACCUGGACGAGAUAUCCAAACAUCGUUCAAUAGGAGAUAGGUGUAGAGAAGAGCAAGCAGUACUGAAAGAAGUCGAACAGUUUGUUCCGUUGUCUCACUUCGUGUGGGCUGUGUGGGGACUAUACCAGGCCAGAUCAUCAGACAUCGAAUUCGAUUACAAGGAAUAUGCUGUCCAGCGACUCUCGGCGUACAAGACAACAAAAGAACGUUUACUAGAAAAGCAACUGUAGAAAUCCGGUGUGUACACCAAUUUUUUUCUGCAAGACCUAUUCUUCUAAUGGUAAUCUGAAGCACGAUGUACAGUAGAUUUGUAUAUUUAAAUUGACGAAUAGGUACAGUACACACGGAAAAAGAA